AUGUCUCCCCAAGCAGCCUACACGCCCGAGCAAACGCCGACGGUCAUCCGCGCCCGCAAACAUCUCUCGGGAACGCGCGCCAAGCAGCUCCUCCGCGCGGCGGAGCGCGACUACAACGAUCCCCCACCGCCGCCGGGGCUGGGCGAGUGCUGUGGCAGCUCGUGUGACCCCUGCGUACGGGAUCUCUGGCGGGAGGAGCUGGCCGUUUGGCGCGAGAGGUGGGGGGAGGCUGCCGAGGAGGUGUCUUCGGAGAAGAAAGCCCAGGAGGGGGGAGGAGGAGGAGGAGGAGGAGGGGAAGAGGAAGAUGCCGGGGAGUUGGGAGUGGUGAUUUCGUUUGAAUCUAUGGAGUUCACCAAUCCAACUGUCGGAAAGAGGCUACGUGGUUGA